UUAUAUGUGUCACUCAUAAAUGAGAAGUGAUCAGAUUAAGCAGAGCAGUUGAACCAAAAAUGAAGCAACAGGCUUGGAACCCUGGAGCCCUUCUCGUUGUAAUUCUGCUUGGGGCAGUGUCCUUCACAUUGAGUGAUCCCUUCAUAUCAGAAGUGUCAAAGGGAGCGUCGGCUACCCUGUACUGUAAUGAAUCACUUCCUGUAGGAUCACAGGCCCAGUGGACAAGGAGAGCGGUCAGUGGGGAUAAACGUGUGAUUGUGACCAGACAGGAGGAUGGAAGAGUUGUUAAAGAAAUAAAAGAUCUACAGAAUCGGUUUCAAAUAGAUGACCGCUUUAACAUUCGUAUUGAGAAAGUUCCGCCAGAAGACCUUGGAACCUAUGAGUGUGGAGGACGUGAAACAAGUUUAAUAGUACUGGCAGAUCCCGCCAGUCACACAGUGUCAGAGGGAGAGUCAGUAACCCUGCACUGUGGUGACUCGGCAGUUCUAGCAGGGGCAGGGAGUGUCAGGUGGAAGCAGGUUAAUGGAGGCACUGAUCAUCCUAUUCUGUACAAAGAUCCAGCAGGAAAAACUGUAACACAAGUAAAUGAUCCAGACCAUCGAUAUGAACUUAGACCAGACUCAUCCCUUUACAUAAGGAAAGUAAAAUCAGCAGACUCUGGGAGAUAUGAAUGCAAUGGGAUCCAUGUGGCUGAUUUAAAGGUGCUGACUGCUACUUCAACAACAACUGCAGCAAAAACAAUAAAACUAACAGAAACUACACUGAGUAGUGAAUCAACCACAACUACUUCCAAAGCAACAGCAGUCUCAACUACGCAAUCAAACAAAAUAUCAUCCACAGCUCCUUCAAAACAAACAACAGUCCUGACCAUGCCUCCAAAGAAAGAAACAGCUACAACUACUUCAAGAACAACUGUAACAAAAACAACACAUAUAUUGAAUGAAUCAACCACAGUUAUACACUAUGUAAUCUAUCCAGUUGCAUUUGCGGUUGUCUUCAUUCUUGGACUACUUGUAUGCCGGAGAAUAAGAUCUUGGAGGAAAGGUUUUGAAGGUGACACAGAUUACGCAUUGGUGCAGCUACCAAAACCAGCUGAUAACGAUGCUGAGAACCAACAGGAACCUGACUAUGCAGUUGUGAUGGAACCAAAAAUAUCUGAAAAUGAAAAUCAGGAAAAUAAGGACUCUGACUAUGCCCUUAUCCAGGAACCAAAAGUCGCUGAACAAAAUUGCCCGGCUAAUAUAGACUCGGAUUAUGCAGUUGUGGACCUAAACACAGAUGAAAAAAAAGCACCAGACAGUAAGGACUCUGACUAUUCUCUUGCACAGGCACCAAAAGUUGCUGUCCAAGUAUUUGACGGCAGUACCGACUACGCAGUUGUUCAGAAACCAAAAGCAAAUGAAAAAAAAACUCCGACUCCAAAGGACUCUGACUAUUCCCUUAUCCAGGAACUGGAAGUUUCUGAACAAAAGUCAGAGGACAGCAAAGAUUCCGACUAUGCAGUUGUUCAGAAACCAAAAGUAGACAAGCAAAAAGCUCUGGAUAAUAAGGACUCUGACUAUUCCCUUGUGCAGGCACCAAAAGACGCUGAACAAAAAGCUCCAGAUCAUAAAGACUCAGAUUAUUUCCUUGUGCAGGCACCGAAAGGCACAGAACAGAAGGAAAACUGAAUGAAGAAUUGCACCAGGAAACGGAGUCCCUAGAAGACUGCCUAUAACUAAUUUCCGUUAUUAUUACUCACAUAUUUGAAUGCAGAUUUUAAGGAUUGUGUUUCUUUCAUUAAUUAUAAUAAGUUUGCGUAUCAUAAAACCAUUUUUCAGCUAUUUUAAAAUGGUUAAAGUGUUCUAAUUUAUUACAGUUUGACCUAAGAAUCGUUUUUAAAAAAAAAAAAAAAAAAGUUAUUGUAAAUAGAUCUUGUAAUAAAUAUAUUUUUGGAACAUUGCUCAACACUUUUUUGUUUGAUCCUCAAGGACAACCUUUGUAUGCACAUUUUGAAUUUUGUGAGCUUUUGCAGUGUCAGUGCAGAAAACAUGCUACAUAUUAAAAAUAUACAAACAAAGCGUGUCUUUCAUUUCUUUUUAGAUUUGUUUUUGGUGCUUGUGAAUGAGCUGUUCAUGCAUUGAAGGGGCUAUGGUAGUGGCUACAAACAGCCGUGUUGGUGUUGGUAUAGUGCCGUAUUGUACAUGGGGUUAUGCUGACUGCUGGAACCUGUAUCAGGGGUUUUGAUGGUUAUUAGUGCUGGUAUGCAAACUACUUGUGUAGGGUUUUAAAAAGGGUAUUUGGAGCUCAACCUCAGCAUUGAGGAAGGCUGC